CCCCCAAUUGAACCUCUCCCGGCAGAAAACCAGCGCCAGACCCGCCCGGUGCGCUCAACACGAUGCCGAGUCCAGCCCCGAAAAAGCCCACUCGCUCCGCCCCAGAAGACCGCAGCUAACCACCUUGCCUUACUUCUCGUCCAAACUUUCGUGAACCUCUCCCAAAAUCCCUCCCGUCCUCCGUCCGCCGACCCGGCUUCCCCGUCCGUUUUGAACCACCUCGGCCCAUCCCCCAAACCCGCCAAUUGGGCCACUUUCUCUCCCGUCCUUUCUUUGCUGUCAAGGAAAGGAACAGAGAAGCUCGGCUCUCUCUAUCCACCAUCGUCGUAUUCCGACAAACCUUCAACGGGAGAGGAUGCACUCCAUCGCCAGGCCGGCGUCGCGCCUAGUCCACGCCCGCCUCGGAACGGCAAACCUCUCACGAUGGAGGACCCUCGCGGCUCUGCCAUCUCCGCGCCAUAACCUCACAUUGUCGUCGUCCUCGCCCUCCUCUCGACGGUUCUACUCGGAUCUGCCACCGAUCUUCGCCCCUCCGCCGCCGAAGGAAGAGCCAAAGCAAGCUUCCCCGACCUCGACCUCCUCGACGACGAGCAGCGACCCGUCCGCCCAGAGCUCGGAUGCGACCACUGCAAGCUCCUCCACAGCUCCCGACUCAUCCUCUUCCUCGUCCUCGACACCAGACAAUGACACCACCACGAGCUCCUCCUCCUCCUCCUCCUCCUCAUCACCCAAACCCGACCCCCCCAAAAACCAAUCUCCCGACGACCCCCUCCCAGACACAGCAACGAAAAUCUACACCGCCCUCCCCCCAGCCCUCUCCGAAAAACUCUCCCACCUAAUGGACACAGCCCAAACCCGCCUCCUAACCGCCUCGACAACCCUAAACACCCUGACCGGCUACGCCCCCAUCGAAGAAAUCAAACGCCAAAACACCCUCCUCGAAACCCGCCUCGCCCAGGCCCAAGACCUCGUCCGCACCGCCCGAACAACCUACAAAACCACAAACGCCAAGCGCGCAACGACCCAGCGCGAAGUCACAACCUUGCUCGCGCGCAAGGAAAUGUGGUCCCCCACCGACCUCGAGCGCUUCACCCAGCUCUACCGCCAAGACCACUCCCUCGAACAAGAAGUCGCCGCCGCGUCCGAAGCCUUGACCGACGCAGAACACGCAGAGCAAGCUCUGGGCCAGCAGCUCAACGCGGGGAUACUCAAACGCUACCACGAGGAACAGAUCUGGUCCGACCGCAUCCGGCGCGCGUCGACAUGGGGAACCUGGGGCCUGAUGGGCGUCAACGUGCUCCUCUUCAUCGUGCUGCAAUUCAUCGCAGAGCCGUGGAAGCGCAGACGUCUAGUCCGCGGCGUCGUCGAGGAAGAAAAAGCCGUGCUCGAGGGCGUGACGGCCGAGCUGGCUGGGCUCAAAGCCGCGUUGGCGCAGAGGGAGGCGUAUGACGAUGCCGCUACUGCCGAUGAUGUAGCCGCGUACAUGGCGUCCACGAUGGCGGCGACAGGGACGACAACACCCGCUGCGGCAGUGGAGGAAGAAACACCACUAGCCGGGGCGGAACCCACAUCAGCAGAGGAGGCGGAGGAGCUCCUGGCAGCCAAGGUCGAGGAGCCGGCCGUCCAGCACGAGAUGGAGCGUGAGGUCGCGAGUGCGCUCGAGGUCUUGGAAACGCAAGUCCCCGAGGCGAAAUCAUGGCGCGAAUCAUGGCGCGAGCUCCUCGCCGACCCGGAGCUUCUAAAGGCGAAAAUCGCUGAUUUGUACAGUGAGCGCCGCAUCGAUCUCCGCAUGCGCGAUGCGUCCAUCUUGGCUCUCGAGGGCGCUGCCGCUGGAGCGACGUUUGCGGCAGCUCUGGCGUUGCUGCUGGUGAGGAGGACAUGAAGAGAGAAAAAGGAUCACAUCACCACUAGAACGUGAUUGUAAAUUCAUCUGUACAAUAUGAUACCAUAUAGAGAGAGCAUGGAGGGAACAUCCUCUUCGAUAUUGGCAC